AACUCGCAACCCACACUCACGACACCACCCAUUGCUGUGCCUGUGCGCACUUCCACUGCACGCACUCCCUCAACUGCAUCCUUUUUUUUUCUGUCUUCUUUUUUCUGACCCCAGUUGUCUUUUUUUUUUUUUUUCGUUUGCUUCGGAGUUGAGUCCAUCUAAUCUGCCGCGGGGAAGGGGCUUUUGAGCUCCGAUGUGCCGUCCAUUUUGUGUUCUGCUGACAAACGCGACAUCGUCCACACCCACAACAAAUCCCACCAGCCAUCCAACACACUCUCCGCCCACACAGCAGCCGCACGUGGGGUCUCAGAUAUUCUCCGUCGCAGACCACAACCGCUACCCCACACUCUCCACCGCUCCAUCCCCGACUGCAGCGGACCUAGGAAUGCCCGAGGGAGUCGGAGCGUCGAUCAAAAUUCCAUUCGCCGCCCGUAUCUCGACAACAGCACCACCAACAACAGCGACAGCAACUACAACAACAACAAUAGCGACGACCGUGAGACCCAUGAUGUCUCCGAUUCCUCGUUAUCGAGCCCAGAUCUACGCGCACAACAACAGCCUAUCCAGACAUCCCCCUCCCUCCCCAGGUCUAGGUCCAGGUCCAGACAAGAACCGUAACAGAUAUGUCUCUCCCACAGCCCUUCUCUGGGUCAUCUCCCUCCUCCUCCUCGGGACCGUCAUCUCCGCCAAAGACCCUCCCCUGAAUCCCAAUAAUACGCCCGCACAGCUCUCUCCUGCUGACAUCGUCCCAUUCGAUCCACUCGUCCCCCUCUCAGAGCAGCUCACGAUCCCUGUUGCCGCAGGUGUCCCACCUCUCUCAGCCACGGUUCCUGAACUGCAGAGACAAAAAGAACAUGUAUACAUCCGGCGACUCGAGAUCGAACGUGUGCAGCGUCGGGGAUCCUUCUAUGUCGAGCUCACACCUACGGAUAUCCAGAUGAUGAAACCCGGAAUGGCUCCUCAGAACCUGAUAAGGUAUUCAAAGGAGCCGCUGCCGUGGGAGGGGAUGCCUGAGAACGAGGAGGGGGGCGGGUUGUCGCAGGAGGAGGAGGAUUAUACAGCACUCGAAUAUCCGUAUUCACCCUGGGGAGACGAGUUUCAGUACAGGGCUAGGACGAAUAAGGACAAAGGUGGUGAGGAAAAGAAAAGGGUGAACGAGGAUGGCGUGCAAGUCAUUGCUGCGGGACGUCCUUCAAAAAAGAAGGGUCAGCACCAUCGAAACGAUCCCCUGCGGAAGCCAAACAAGCAGCGAGGGUAUACAAAGCAAGAGGAAGAGGAGUCCUGGGUGGCACAGAUGGAUAUGGACGAUGGUGCUACUGAUGUUGUGGACAGGGACCUCAUUCGAAUCAAGAUCACUCCUGCGGAUCCAGCUCCCUUCAAGGAGAGCUCAAAAAACCGCGUAAGCAGAGCGUCUUCUUCGUUAUCGCAAACAGGCAGGACUUUGAAAGCGGAAGAGGUAGGGGAGUUUGGCGUACAGGCGACGGAUUUGGAUCCGAAUGUGGGUGAGAAUAUUAGUGAGGUGGUGGAUCCGGCUGUUUGGGAUGCUGAGGGGGGACCGCAGAGAGGUCCGGUGGGCACACAGGAAUAUAUGGAGAAUACAGACGAUGGAGGCCCAUCGAGUAGUCUUCCAGAUACCACCGAAAGAAUGAAAGUAAAUGCGGAGAAUUGGAAGGAGGAUAUGUGGUCGAGGCCGGAUGAGAUUGAUCUGUUAGGCCAUGAAGCAGAGGUGGAUUGGCUGGACGAACAGGAUAGGGUCCAGCAGUGGGCUAGGAAGGAGAGGAAGAAGAUGGAGUAUCGUCGUCCUCAGCAUGGUGCAGAGGACGACACAGGGAGCAGAUCUAAGGAUGAAGCUGACGAGAAUGCAUAUAGCGGUGAGGGAGGUGUUGGUAGAGGUAAGGAGAUGGGUACGAACGUCUUUGGCCAAACCAAAGACCAUCACCGCAUGCAGUCAGAGUCGCCCGAGGAGAUCUUUCACGAUCUCGAGUGGGAGAUGAAACAUGGUAUGGACAAUGAGCAUUUUCACUACGGUCAACGCGCGAUACAUGUCUAUCGCUAACCAUUUUUUUUUUUCAUACUAACUCUAGGCGGACUAAACCCGAAGCAUUUCCACCCAGGAUUCCAGAUGCAACGCAUCCAUCCCAUGGCCUCAAACCAGGACAUGGACCAAGACCGCGACGAAGACGGCAUCAUCUUCCCAAAUGUCCACUCCAACGAAUCCUACAGCAAGAUCGUCCAACCCAUCAAGCCCGGAAACCCAGAUUCACCACUCGGCUACCUGGCUUACAACCGGCAAGGUGAUCGCAUCAUGGACUUUAGCAUGGUCGGCUGGAACGAAGGAAACACGGACCUACCAGAUACAACAGCCGAUGUUCCCGCCAUCGAGCAACUCUGGCCACGACCCGGAG